CGAAUUAGCCUUCUUGGCUCAGUUGGCAGAGCGUCUGCCUAGUAGUUCUACUCGACAGCAGAAGGUCGGCGGUUCGAUUCCGCCAGGAGGCACUUCCCUUUUAAUGUCCACAGAAGCCCACGUGAUGUUC